CCCUAAAAUUUCCCCACUUCUGGACCAAUCUAAAUAGUAAAGAAUUGGUAGAGAAAGAGUGAAAAAGUGGGACUCUGAAGUCUUUACUCUGAAGUCUUUGCACCUUCGAUCGUCUUGGAAGUGAUGGAGCGCUACGAAAUUGUGAAAGACUUAGGGUUUGGUAACUUCGGAGUCGCCAAGCUUGUUAGAGAUAAGUGGACCAGAGAGCAAUUUGCUGUCAAAUUCAUCGAGAGAGGCCAAAAGAUUGAUGAACAUGUACAGAGGGAAAUCAUGAAUCACAGGUCAUUGAAGCAUCCCAAUAUCGUUAGAUUCAAAGAGGUCUUACUUACACCUACUCAUCUUGCCAUAGUGAUGGAGUAUGCCGCGGGAGGAGAGCUCUUCCAGAGGAUAUGCAAUGCUGGCAGAUUCAAUGAGGACGAGGCAAGAUUCUUUUUUCAACAGUUGAUAUCAGGGGUCAGCUACUGUCAUUCAAUGGAAAUUUGUCAUAGGGAUCUAAAGCUUGAAAAUACACUUUUAGAUGGAAGCGCGGCACCACGUGUCAAAAUAUGUGAUUUUGGAUACUCCAAGUCAGCUGUAUUUCAUUCUCAACCAAAAUCGACUGUUGGAACACCAGCCUACAUUGCACCUGAGGUCCUGUCAAAAAGAGAAUAUGAUGGAAAGCUUGCAGAUGUGUGGUCUUGUGGGGUCACUUUAUAUGUGAUGCUUGUUGGAGCUUAUCCCUUUCAAGAUCCCGCAGAACCUAAUAACUUCAGAAAUACUAUCUGUCGGAUACUUGAUGUACAUUAUUCAAUUCCAGAUUAUGUCCGUAUUUCCAUAGAGUGUAGACAUCUUCUGUCCAGGAUAUUUGUGGCUAACCCAGAAAAGAGAAUAACAAUGCCAGAAAUCAAAAGACAUCUAUGGUUUUUAAAGAACUUGCCUAUUGAAUUGAUGGAAGGAGGAACCUACCAAAGCUUUGACGUAAAUAAUCCCUCCCAAAGCAUGGAAGAGGUACUGGUGAUAAUACAGGAGGCACGGAAACCUUCUGAGGGGCUCAUGAUCGGGGAUCGGUUUAUGGGAGGCAGCACGGAUCUAGUUGAUGACUUGGAUGAUGAUGAUGCAGAUAUAGAAGAUAUAGGAGCAAGUGGCGAAUUUGUGUGUCCAUUGUAAGCUGCGCCCAUAUCAGCUGUACUUUUCGUGAGGUAUUUGUUUCCACUACUAUUAGCAUCCUCUCGAGGAUUGAAGGAUAGAGUGUAUCCAAAUUUGUGUCCAUUGGGGAGACAAGUUCAUGUCCGUAGAUGUUAGCAACUUCAUCUUUUGCAAUAUAUCUUGUUUUGUGAUGUAGUAGAGUAUAAAGAAGCAUAUUUGUAAUUUGUUAGAACAUUACAUCCAAAAAAUUCCAGAGCUCCCAUUUAAGAUGUUUUUAUUAUUAGGCAGUCUCUUUAUGGCCAAUAUUUGGAACUGUAUCAAUAUAAAUUGCAUCAAAUCACUUGUUCAUUGUGCA